UCGAUACUCGUCGAACCAUCAUUGGUUGACGUGUAUGGCAUACGUCCUUAGAUUCGGCUUUAAAUUUUUAUGAUUAAAUAGUUUAUUUUGCAUUGAAACUGAAAUAUAUUAGAAUAUAUAAACAACAAAAUGGAAGUCGCGACGUCUUUAUUUGAUGAUGUGAAACGUAUGAAUAAAAGACAGUUUAUUUACCAAGUCUUGAGUUUUGGAAUGAUAGUAUCAUCAGCACUGAUGAUAUGGAAAGGUCUUAUGGUAGUAACUGGUAGUGAAAGUCCUAUCGUUGUAGUAUUAUCUGGUAGUAUGGAGCCUGCAUUCCACAGAGGAGACUUAUUGUUUCUAACGAAUUACCCUGAAGAGCCAGUUCGUGUGGGUGAAAUUGUAGUAUUCAAAGUUGAAGGAAGAGAUAUUCCAAUAGUUCAUAGAGUUUUGAAGUUACAUGAGAAGGAGAAUGGUACAAUUAAAUUCCUCACGAAAGGAGACAAUAAUAGUGUAGAUGAUAGAGGACUUUAUGCCCCAGGCCAGCUGUGGUUAACUAAGAACGAUGUUGUAGGAAGAGCUCGUGGAUUUUUACCAUAUGUAGGAAUGGUGACCAUUAUGAUGAACGAAUAUCCUAAUUUUAAGAUCGGUGUCCUUGCUUGUUUGGCAUUUUACGUCCUUAUUCACAGAGAAUAAGUAUCAGUUUUGUAUUUAUUACUUUAAAUAUAAAAAUUGUUCACACA